AUGUCAUCCACUGAGCCAUCUACGUCAUCUAGCCGUGGAGAUGAUACUGCUAGUGGAACGGAGCUAGAAGGGAUGACAACUUUUGUGGCAGCCGACCUCGAGGAAAGAAUUCGCGAGAGUUGUCGGAUGUCUGGAAGUAAUUGUGAUUCUCCUGAUGACGCAGGACCAAUAGUGCCGGAUCCUAGGAUUCUCGAUGACUUAGAAGUUCAUGCGAAAGACGCUGCGGCAAACUUAGAUACUGUCUUAAGAGAUUUGAGAGGUUCUCUGCAUGGAAUGGGAGAUUUGACCUUAGAAUCAAUCCAAUGCUAUAAUACAGCCAUAGCAAAUGCUUGUGAUGUAGCGGAUGUUAAUAUAAAGUCAACAUAUUCGGUAUCUUUUUCAGCUUCCCCUCCUUUGUUGUCUUCGGCAUAAUC